AUGGACGAAGAUCUGUAUGAUGAGUUUGGUAACUAUAUCGGAGAAGAAGCUUCAUUGUCCGGUUCUGAUGUGGAAUCAGACGUUUCUUUGACAGAUAUAAAAAAUAAUGAAAUAGCCAAGGAUGCUGGUUCGGAGCUUACGGUUGCUGCGCCAAAUUUAUUAACUACGUAUGAUUCUGAUGUGGAGGUUCUCGUUGAGACUCAAGACCGGGAUGAUAUUGGUGCCGCUUUAGUGGAACCAGAAGAUCAUAGACGUCGUGUAGAGAACGCGGUAUUCACCCAAUUGAACAAGAACAUUCCAAAAGCUUCGUAUGAUAGGAACUAUAUGCUGGAACUUGCAUCAUCUGCAGAGCGCUGUAUGACAGUAUGCUUCUUAGGGCCUUUGCAUUCUGGAAAAACAUCCUUAGUCGAUUUACUUGCAUGUCAGUCCCACGAAAAGUUGCCUCAUAUAUCAAAACCUAUCAAAGACGGUUGGAAACCAUUAAAGUAUACGGAUAAUAUGAAAGUAGAAAUUCAGCGUGGCGUUUCUAUGAAAUUAAAUGGAUUUACUUUCUUAGGUCAGGAUUUCACAGGGAAAUCACAGGUCAUAACAUUGCUGGAUACACCAGGGCACACGAAUUUCGUGGAUGAAGCUGCCGUAGCAAUGGCAGCUUCGGAUUGUUGCGUCAUCGUAAUAGACGUUGUUGAGGGGGUUAGUUCUAUUACAGAGUUCUUUAUAAAACAGGCGCAGAAAAUGGGCCUACCGAUAAUCUUUGUACUCGCUAAGAUCGAUCGGUUGGUCUUGGAAUUGCGACUUCCACCCAAAGAUGCCCACUUAAAGUUGCAGAACACUGUUGAGCAGAUCAAUUCCUUUACUAAGAUGAAAUACUCACCUGAACUAGGCAACGUGGUUUUCUCCUCAGCUCAACUGGGUAUAACAUUUACUAUAAAGGAAUUUGUAAAGUACUACUAUUCUGAGAGAUUGGGAUCCGAAGUGGAUAGUCUGGUUGAUAGACUCUGGGGUUCAGUUUAUUUUGACAAGGGACACUUUUCUACGACACCCAAUGCAAAAAAGGAGACAUCGUUUGUGCAAUUCAUACUGUCUCCUAUAUAUAAACUUAUCACCCACACCUUGUCACUGGACUUUAGCUCUCUCAAGCACCUGUUAAAACAACAGUUCGAAAUUACCCUUGAUAAGGCAUCGGAGAGAAAGGAUCCUCUUCCACUAUUACGACAUGUUAUGAAACUUGUCUUUCAUGAUGAGGUUGGGUUUAUAGAUGCCAUAAUCAAGCAUGGUCAAUCUUCAGUAUUUUUCUCUUCAUCCAGGGUACCGUCUGAAAUAGAAGGGACUGUCAUCCACAUUUUAAAAUUAUUAGACUACCGUGGGGAAUUGUGGUCUUUGGGUCGUGUUUAUAGAGGAACGAUUAGAUGUGGAGACAAAUAUACGCUCAUAAAUGACUCCCAGGAUGCUACAUCUAUUGAUGAAGACGAACUUGCAAAGGUUAAAGUCGAUCAAAUGGGGUUACUUGGAGGCAGGUAUAUCCUACCGGUGACGCAAGCUUCUACAGGACAGAUUGUUUUAAUAAAAGGGUUGGAGAAGCAUUAUUUAAAAUCGGCAACUUUGUAUUCCAAACAAAUAACCUCUUUCCCACCAAUUGAUUACUUAAACGAGCAGGUAUUUAAAGUUGUGAUUCAGCCGCAUCAUCCUCGAGAACUUUCAAAACUGCUUGAAGGCCUUGGUCUUGUGCAUAAAUUGUAUCCUGGUAUUACAGUAAAGGUCGAAGAGAGUGGAGAACAUGUCAUAUUUGGUUCCGGAGAACUAUAUCUCGAUACAGUUCUGUACGAAUUGCGUCACCAAUAUGCCAAAAUAGAAAUCAAGGUAUCUAUGCCGUUAGUGAAGUUUUCAGAAGGUUGCACGGGCGAAUCGUUUGCGGCAAUUCCUAUAACAUCGUCCAGCGGUUCACUGAAAAUAAGUAUUGGUGCCAAGCCUCUCCAAAAAGAGAUAAUACGUGAUAUGACUAAAGGAUUGUUACAAGCAUCUGAAAUUGAAAAUGUAAAACUACUUGCGAAGAAGCUAAGGAAUGAAUAUGGGUGGGAUUCCUUUGCUGCUAGGAACGUUCAUUGUUUCCAUAACUGUAAUGUUUUUGUCGAUGAUACAUUACCGGACGAAGUUGACAAAGAAUUGGUAACAUCUGUGAUGCACCACAUCAUACAAGGUUUUAAAUGGUUUUUAAGCGAAGGUCCCCUUGCUGAAGAACCUGUCUAUGGUGUGAACUUUAAUCUGCUGAACCUUCAAAUUAGUGACGACAAAAACUGUUCUGCCGCCCAACUUAUUCCGCUAGUACGCAAGGCCUGCUCUGUUGCGCUAUUAACAGCAGAACCAAUAUUGUUAGAGCCUAUUUAUGAAGUCGAUAUUCACAUUUACGAAGCUCUAAUACCUAUUGUAGAAGAACUCUUUAAAAAGAGGCGUGGGUCAAGAAUAUAUAAAAUCGAGCAUAUUGCUGCCACACCUCUUGUGGAAAUUAAAGGUCAAAUGCCUGUUCUUGGAUCUAUUGGUUUUGAAACAGAUCUGAGACUGGCUGCGAAUGGCAUGGGGAUGUGUCAAUUGCAUUUCUUUAACAAGAUAUGGCGGAAAGUUCCUGGCGAUGUCAUGAAUGAAGACGCUGUCAUUCCUAAGUUGAAGCCGGCUCCAAUAAACAGCCUUGCAAGAGAUUUUGUUAUGAAAACAAGACGUCGUAAAGGAUUGUCAGCGGAAGGAUAUCACAGCAAUGAUGGCCCCAGCCUUAAGAAUUAUCUUGAUAUAGACCUCUUUAAUAAGUUGAAGGAAUCUGGUUAUAUAUAA